GAUCAUGCAGACCCAGAAGGAUGGUCCCUGCCUGGGGAGGUGGUUACUGUUGUUGAUGCUGGACCUGGUGAUGCCUCUAGCCAUCUCUAAGACCCUCAGUACCAGGGAGGCCGUGCUCCGUGCUGUGGAUGACUUCAACCAGCGGUCCUUGGAUACUAAUCUCUACCGCCUCUUGGACCUGGACUCCCAGUCCUCAGGGGAUGAGGACCCAGAUACCCCAAAGCAUGUGAGAUUCACAGUGAAGGAGACAGUGUGUCACAAGGCAUCGAAGCAGCUACUGGAACAAUGUGACUUCAAGGAACAUGGGCUGGUGAAGCAGUGUAUGGGGACAGUCACCCUGGAUGAGGCCACAGGCUCCUUUGAUGUCAGCUGUAAUGGGCCCCAACGAUUCAAGAAAGUUUCACAGCUCACUGGGCUCCUCCGAAAAGGUGGGCUGAAGAUUGGUGAAAAGAUUCAGAAAAUUGGCCAGAAAAUCCAGGAUUUUUUUCAGAAAUUUAUUCCUGAGACAGGGGAGUAGGUCUGUCCUUGCCUGCUUCUGGACUCUGAAAAAUAAACUCUGUGAAAGCAA